UAUAACAACAACAACGACACCUUUACCUUUUCAUUCCUGUUCAUUCCGCACCUCCCUCUUCCUUCUCCUGACUCUAACGACAACAGUUACGACAAGAGGCUUCGACAAGAAGAACAAUCAAGAUCUAUCAUCGGCAUUCACGAGGCCACCAGCCACUUCCUCUCAACAAAAUAAACAAUCACAAGAUCAACAAGAACGACCGGUAAUGACAUCGACCUCCUCCAAAUCGACCCUUCCUUUGAAGGGUAUUAGCAUCUCCACCUCGGGCCGUUUUUCAGGUACGACUCAAGGCGCCAUCCAAGCUCGUAUCACUUCGCUCGGCGGAACGUUCUCUACCAAGAUCACGCCCGAGACGAGCAUCCUCAUCACCACGGAAAAAGACUACCAAAGCGAAGGAGGGAGUACGAAGGUGAACGCUGCGAGGGAAAAGGGAGAUGUCUCGAUAGUUGGACUGGCUUGGUUGGAAGAGACGGAGAAGACGGGGAUCAAGGCGGACGAGAAGGAUCAUUCGUUCGAUGGAGCGAUUGGGAAGGCGGUCACCUCUACUUCCGCUGCAGGAGCCGCUAUUACGGACACCGCUACAACCGCUACGACCACCUCAAAGACCCGUCAACCUCUCUCGUCAAAAGCGACCAAGGACAAAGGCAAGCGCAAGGAGAACCAAGCCGAAGCUUCUUCCGAUGAAGGGGAAAAGGACGGGCCGUCUGAAUCCCCUACGAAGAAGCUCAAGGGGGUCGAUGGAAUCGCCUUGCCCGGACCCGGAGAUGCCACUGCGUUGAAUGUGAAAGGCAAACCAAAAUCCAAGACUACCGCCGCUGCCAUCGAUACCACGGACAUUAGCGAUGGCAAGGCUGGUCCAUCUACCUCGAAAUCCGACGCUUCUAAACCCGCCGCCAAACCCAUUCGAUCUGAAGCGAAAGUCAACGUCCCCGUCGGUCGGGCUCAAAUUGCCAACGCCCAAAAGAAGAUCCACGUUCCUUUGGACGAACACUGCCCGGAGACGGACUAUCACGUCUAUAUCGACCCUGCUGGAUUGAUUUGGGACGCUUCGUUGAAUCAGACGAACGCUAGUGCGAACAACAACAAGUUUUACAAGAUUCAACUCGUCCAAAGCCCAACCGGCUCGCGUUACCUCACCUGGACGCGCUGGGGUCGAGUAGGCGAACGAGGACAAAAUGCGAUGUUGGGCGGAGGGAGUCUGAUGGACGCGAUGAGUUGUUUCGAGAAGAAGUUCAAGGAUAAGAGCGGGUUGAAGUGGGCUGAUCGGGCUGGGGAACCGAAGGCGAACAAGUACGCAUACGUUGAGAAGAGCUAUCAGCCGGAUAGCGAUGACGAAGACGACGAGAUGGAAGAAUCGGGAUCGAAACAGAGCAGCAAGGGCAAAGAGAGAGCCGACGACAUCCCCGAUUCUUCGCUCGCCAAACCCGUCCAAAACCUCAUGGAACUCAUUUUCAACCAGAAAUACCAACAAGACGCUCUGCUCUCGAUGAAUUACGAUACCGAAAAGAUGCCUCUCGGCAAACUCAGCAAGGGGACGAUCAGUCGAGGGUUCCAAGCUCUGAAGGAUCUCGCGGCUGUCAUCAACACUCCCGGUCAGGCCCAAGUCGAACCCAUCUCGAAUCGAUACUACUCGCUCAUCCCGCACGCGUUCGGGCGCAACCGUCCCCCCAUCAUCAACUCGCACGAGCGUCUCAAAAAGGAGAUCGAGCUGCUCGAAAGCUUGUCUGACAUGAAGGAAGCUAGCGACAUGCUCAAGGAAGCCAACCGCGAAAGUCACAGCGCGCAUCUCAACCAGCUCGAUCGCCAGUACGAGACUCUCGGCAUGGACGAGAUGGAGCCUCUCGACGGCAAAAGCGCGGAGUUCACCGAGUUGGCCGAGUACCUUACCAAGACUAAAGGCGCGACGCACAAUCUCAAAUACGCCGUACAAGACAUCUUCCGUAUCCAGCGAAAGGGCGAGUUCGAGCGAUUCGACUCGAGCCCGUUCGUCAAGGACGCUUCUUCUAGCAACCGUCGACUGCUCUGGCACGGAUCCAGGGUCACCAACUUUGCCGGAAUUCUGGGUCAAGGUCUUCGAAUUGCCCCACCUGAAGCACCCGUCAGCGGGUACAUGUUCGGCAAGGGUAUCUACCUCGCAGACAUGUCCAGCAAGUCGGCCAACUACUGCGCCCAUCAUCAGUCUGGCGGGACAGCGCUGCUCUUGCUGUGCGAAGCCGAGCUGGGUGAUCCGAUGCUCGAGUUGACGAACGCCUCUUACACGGCUGGGGAGGACGCUUUGGCCAAGGGUAUGAGUUCGACUUGGGGGAAAGGAAGGGUGGGACCGUCGAAAUGGAAGGACGCCGCUUGCGUUCACCCCUCGCUCGCUGGGACUCUGAUGCCUGAUGUCAGUGUGGUUCCCGGCGAUACCAAGGUCGACGGCGCUUACCUCCAGUACAACGAGUACAUCGCGUACGACAUCGCCCAAGUCCGACUCCGUUACCUCCUGCGCGUUCGCAUGCAAGAGACCUACCAGUACUAGCGGGAACGCACCGGGAACACGAUCUUUUGCGGAUCCGACCCUCAAGAAACCUUCGCUACUUUCAAUCGAUUUUACCAAUCACUCAAUAAGACCCAGGUGCCAACUCGACAUAAUCACGGUUGCCCAUGUGUCUCUCCCUUUGACGCGCCUCUUCGCCACUUCUCGUGUUACGACAAUUACGCACUUUUUACGAUGUUUCGUCUGUCUCUGUCUUUCUGUUAUACCGGCAAUGAAAGCCGAUUGUGAGGGUGACAUCAGGAUGCCCUUUCUCUUACGUAUUAAUCCAUCCCCAGCGG